GGCGGGGGGAUCUCAGGGACGAGGGCAGCACAGCUGGCGGCCGGCGGCACCCGCUCGGGCCCGGUGGGGGAGCGCCUCUGGGCAGUCGUCGACCCAGGGGCCGGGAGCGCCGCGGGUGCGCUCGGCGAGGCAGACGCCGCGGACGCCCAGAGGCGAGUCUGCAGCUUGAGCCCAUGGCGCUUCGUGCCGGAACAGCUGCUCGCCGUGCUGGGCCACGGCGGUGAGCCACAGUGGGUGGAGGCGAACAGUUCCAGACUGACGGCAUCCGCGGGGUGGCGGGCGGCCUGGCGGAGCGAGGAACGGAGGCCGUUCCGAGCGAAGCCGUACCUGGGCACGGAGUCCACGCAGCCAG